AUGGCAAUAUAUUUAUUAUUAAUUUUAUUAUUGUUCUCAUGUCAACAUAUGAAUAUUCUAGCAGAAAAUUCUGCUCUUUGUUUUAUAAUGAAAUAUCCGACAUAUCAAAAUUUUUCGUUCGUCCAAGAAUUAACUGAAGAUGCAAAAAAAUAUCAUCUUGAUAUAUUUAUGAUGAUUGAUGAUAAUAGAUUGAAUUUAUCUAAAAUUAGUACUAAAUAUGAUUUUCGAUUACUUCGAAUUGAAAACAAUCAAUCUCGUUACUAUGGAUAUCAAAAAUCGAUCGAACUCGGUGAUAAUGAACGAGAAAUUACCUCGUGGGAUAAAGCUCUUCUCUAUUUUACUGUAUUAAAUAAAAAUUAUUCAUUUGUUUGGCUAAUUGAAAAUGAUGUUUUCAUUCCAAGUGUACAAGCAUUUCGUUCAUUACAUCAACUUUAUUUUAAUACUAGUGAUCUGAUUGUUCCGAAUAGUACAGUUAAUUUAAUAGGUAAAACAUCCACUUGGCAUUGGUCAAUGGCUGCUGAUAAACUUAUUUUACCUUGGGCUUCUUCAAUGGUUAAUGUAGUAGGUUUAAGUCAACGAAUGCUUGUAGCUAUUGCUGAUUAUGUCCGAUGGUUGGGUGAAGUACCAUAUCAUGAAUUCUUUUUUCAUUCAUUAGCUAUACAUUUAAAUUUCACAAUGGUUGUACCAACUGAGUUAAGUGCUUUUUUUUACAGAAGGCACUACUCGGACGAAGAAGUACUAAGACAACCUAAUAAUCUUUGGCAUUCGUUUAAGGAUCGAGUCAGACAAUCAACUAUGCGCAAAAGAUUAGGUGAUUACAUAUCACAAAAUAACUAUACCAUUGAUUUAACCGAUCUCGAUAUGUUAUGUCAUAAGAAUGAGAAUAUGACAAAAAUCGAACAAUAUUUGAAAAAUUUUCAAAGUCAAUUUGAAAUACAAAAAAGUAAAUUCUCAACAAAUGAUCGUGUAUUAUUACGCCAAAGAUUUAUUAAUCUUACUGAACAAUGUCAAAAACAAAAUGUAUCGAAACAAAUUAUUUUAUUAAUAAUGACACUUGCUGAUCAUGCUUAUAAAUUGCCUGAACCUUCCGUAAAAUCAUUGAUAAACAAUAAAAGUGAACUUCAUCUGAGAUUAGAGAGAUUAUUAGCAGAAAAUAAAGCAACAAUAAUGCAACUACCAUUGAAUUCUUCUCGUCUUGUUGAACUACGACAACAAGGAAAAAAUAUAACGAAACAAUUAACAAAUGAAAUGAAACGUGAAAUUCAAAUGGAAAAGGGAUUUGAAAAACAGACUAAUUUAUCAUCAUCAUCAAUAGCAUCUUCUUCUCCACAGACUGGAAAUACCACUACUAGUACUAUGAUUUCUCGUUUAUUAAUUACUAAUGAGGCCACAAUUAUCAAGAAACCAAAAAUAUCAUAUAUAUUAACUCAUUCAGACGACUAUGAAAUAUCUAAUUCCUAUAAAGAUUACUCGAAAAUAUUAUUUUUUAUACUGUCUGGUUUUUGUGUAUUAUUUAUUCUUCUUCAAUGGCAAGUUGUACAAGAUCGAAAAAAUUAUCUCGUAAUCAUUGUUACAUUAUCAUUAUUAGCUUGUUGGUAUUUUGUAUGA